AUGAUGCACUUACAGAGACCAGAGCUGUCUCCCGACCCGGGGCCUGUUGAGGGUAACCUUGGAGAUCAUGAAUGGCCCCAGGAGGAAGAUCGAAUCGACUUUCAGAGCCCCAUUCUUGCCACUUAUCAGCCUUGUUUUUCUGGGAUUGUCAGUUCCAGUAAGAUUGGUUCUGUCCCUGACACCUCACAUCGUCCAGAAACAAGACCAUACAAAACCUGGCCAACCCAGAAUUUGACCAGCAGCAAUGCGAGUGAGCAAAACUCGCGGGUUGUCAAAAAAUGUCCUUCAAAAAAGUCACAGGGUGAAACUAUCCCGUCAUUUACCUCCAUCGCACAUUUCUUCAACACCCGGAAUGAUGAUUCCAGUCGAUCGUCCUCUUCGCAGCCGUCCAGCGAGGAUACCGAAUUGACAGUGCCUGGAUCGACACAAGACAACCCGGUCGUGCUGUCUGAGGAGGAAGACAAACUACACAUUUCAGUCACUUUUACCCAACGAAGACAUCAUGCAGGCGAGAUUUUUGAGUUGGAUGACAGUGAUCAAUCCGUACAACAAUCUCCUUCUCUGCGGCGGGCGCUAUUCAGAGCCGUUGCUGUCCCACGUGAAACUUCGAUGAGUGAGCUGGAUGAAGUUAGCCACAAUGGUCAGACUAUUCGGCCCAGGUCAACCGUGAAGCUCGAGAAUGGGCAGUGGCUCCGGGUCGAAAAGAUUUCUCGACGACAAGGGCAGGUUUUUCUUUGGGGUCGCCCGCUCGUCGGCUGCAGAGACAUCCAGUGGCCAGAUUUUCUCCCCAAGGACAGGCACGAAUUGAUCUGGCUACCGAGGAUGGAUCACGAGGCCAACCUGGAGAGUAUCAAAGCACAUCUGUCUGUCUCUCUGUGGGAAGUAGAGGGUCUUUGCCGAGUGAUCUUUACGAAUGAGCGUCGGCCGCCGAACUCACGGCACCUCUCGACCGCUGGCCUAUUCUGUCGGCUCAAAGUCACAGCCCAGAAGCGACCCAGUAUAUCAAGUCAUGGUACUCGCGGUCUCGGGAUUCGCAACCACCAAUAUGAAAUGAGCGUCGAGUACCUGACCAAGGACGAGUGUGAUGAGGGGUACGGCUACGAGUCUUGGGUCUUGCGUGACUUGUAUCGUGGAUGCGAGACGGUUCCAUUCGGCGAAGGCAGGAAGUCUUACACGAGCCACUGUGAACAAGAGGAACAGGGACCGCCUGUCAUGGAUCUCACCAUUGAGCCCACGGGGUAUGUCUUUGGGGAUGCAUAUUGUGGUGCUGGCGGCGUCUCUUGCGGUGCCAAACAGGCGGGAGUGCAGAUCAAGUGGGCAAUUGAUCUCAAUGAGAGCGCGAUCGAAACCUACAGACUCAAUUUUAGCGACGUGACUGUCCAUCAUAGUACUUUUGAGUACUUUCUCCUAAACCCUGAGAACGAAUUGCGAUGUGAUAUCGCUCACUGCUCGCCACCCUGUCAGCCCUUCUCUCCUGCCCACACGGUCAGCUGCGAACGCGAUGAACCUAACUCGGCCUGCAUUUUCAGUGCAAGAAACAUCAUCGAAAAGUCUCAUCCCCGUGUCAUUUCAAUGGAAGAGACGGCCGGCCUGAUCGAGAGGCACAGGGCAACGCUGCAUCGGAUCGUCAUGGACAUGGUUGAAAUGGGAUACUCUGCUCGCUGGGCAGUCCUGGACCUUUUGAAUUACGGUGUACCACAAACACGCAAACGAUUGAUUCUGCUUGCGGCAGGCCCCGGCGAGACUCUCCCUCCAUUCCCUCGCAUCACCCAUGAUCUUCCCGGUGGUGGCUGCAAGCCGGUAGUCACCAUCGAGGACGCCAUCAAAGAAAUACCGGACUCAACCCCAAAUCACGACGUGCAGGCGUUGCUGAGGAAGUGGGCACUUGAACACUAUGAACCGUAUGAUGCGCGGAUCCCCGCCAAGACUUUGACUUGCAGCGGCGGCGAGGCCAACUAUCAUCCUUCCGGCACGCGAAAAUUCACGGAGCGCGAGGUCGCAUGCUUGCAAACGUUUCCGCUGGACUUCAAAUUCUCGCAAAGUGGCGUGCGAAAACAGAUUGGCAAUGCCGUCCCACCGGCUUUGGCUCGGGCCUUGUAUCGCGAGAUAAUUGCUUCCCUCCGGGCAACGGACACACGGGAGCGGGAGCUGAGAAAAGAAUAG